CUUAGUAGGCAUCAGCGAAUACACAGAGGAGACAAACCCUAUGAAUGCCGUGAGUGCGGGAAAAGUUUCACUCAGAGAUAUACCCUUAUCUCUCAUCAGAGAAUCCACACGGGAGAGCGACCCUACAAAUGCUGUAAGUGCGGGAUAAGCUUCACUCAGAGAUCAGCCCUUAUCUCUCAUCAGACAAUGCACACGGGAGAGCGACCCUAUGAAUGUUGUGAGUGUGGGAAAAGCUUCUCUCGGAGCUCAAACCUUACUAUACAUCAGCGGAUCCACACAGGAGAGAGACCCUAUGAAUGCCGUGAGUGCAGGAAAAGUUUCACUCACCUCUCCUCCCUUAUCUCCCAUCAGACAACGCAUACGGGAAAGCGACCCUACGAAUGUUGUGAAUGUGGGAAAAGCUUCUCUCGGAGCUCAAACCUUACUAUGCAUCAGAGGAUCCACACAGGAGAGACACCCUAUGAAUGCAGUGAGUGCGGGAAACGUUUCACUCAUCUCUCCUCCCUUAUCUCUCAUCAGAGAGUCCACACGGGAGAGAAACCCUAUGAAUGCAGUGAGUGCGGGAAAAGCUUCUCUCGGAACUCAACCCUUAUUACACAUUACAGAAUCCACACCGGGCAGAGACCCUAUGAAUGCUGCGAGUGUGGGAAAAGCUUCAGUCAUAGCUCAGGCCUUUCUAAACAUCAGAGAAUCCGUAAAGGAGAUAAACUUCAUAAAAACCUUCUCUAGAGCUGUGAGAA